GAGGAAACGCCAUUAACAAUAGCAGAGAGAGGAAGGAAAGCAGCGGUCGCCAUUGUCGACAGCUCUGGAAGAAGAACGACUCUGAACUCCUCUCGGAAUCUCCGGUUCUUCCAUCCUCCCGUUCUGCCAAGCCCCAUCGUUCUCCUUCCUGUUCCUUCGCUUACUCGUUUCGGAAGGAAGGAGAUCCGCGAUUGAAGGGAUUGAACCAGCCGCAAGCUGCCGCUACCGAGCCUUUGCUGGCACUCCCUGCUCUUUUAGGCGAACGCAUGGAUUCAACUGCAGAGGAGUAUGCUGCAUUCAUGGAGCGAGUGAAGAGGACUAUCUAUCUUGACAAUCUCUCACCCCAGGUCAACGAAUCCAUCCUGAGAAAGGCAUUGGAUCAGUAUGGAACGGUCAAGGGCGUGCAGUUCAUUCCAAACUACACGGAAUCGAAAUUUACGGCUCGUUGUGCCUUGGUUGAAGUCGAGUCGCCGCAGCAGGCUCAGAUGAUCAUAGAAGAGGUCAUAGGCUCCUAUCCUUUCAUGAUCUUGGGGAUGCCAAGACCUGUGAGGGCUCGUCCUGCAGAAGUGGAGAUGUUCGAUGAUCGCCCCGUAAAGCCUGGCAGGAAGAUUAAGAUCCGAUGGGUGGACCCCAACGAUCCAGAUUUUCAGAUUGCUCAGAAGUUGAAGCGACUCGCUCAAAAGCACGCUGCUGAAGCUUCGUUCAUGCUGAAACAACAACUGGCAGAAGAAGAAAAGCUAGCUAAGCAGCAGUCGGAUGCCCUAAAGGCAAACAACGAGAAGUAUACGUUGAUCGAGGGGGUCAUGGCUGAUGGAUCGGCUCGUCUCUUGGCCAGCUAUUACAACGUCAAAGCCUUGGAAGACUGAUGAGUCGAUCAGACAUCCCGAGUAAAUUCUCAUUUCGGUAACAGCUACUAACCUUGUAAAUAACCUAAUCUAGAAGUAGACACGCCCACUCCAUCCUUUUGCUGGAAAAAAUAGUAGUAUAUCGAUCUGACCUUUUGUCAUGUGGGCCUUUUCUUUGGAUGCUUGACCAUGACCUGGAAUAUGAUAUGUCUGUUGAUACGGGGACAACUGAAAUACUGAAUCGACAAGAGAUUCCGGAUUUACAUAUAUUAGAGAACGUUCAUUUUA